AUGCACAAAAGUAACAUGGGUGAUGAUGGAUCAUCCAACGCUGAGAUGGACAUCGUGCCCGGCUAUCUGGAGCUGGCCACCAGAGCGUAUACGGUCAUGUCCGGUGUCUUCAGAGACUGUAAGGACUGCGGACUGGAGAUGUCCACCAGAACCCUGAUGGAUCAUGCCUACAUCACAUGGAAGGAGAUCUUCUUGUUCAUCCUGUGCGUGGUCAUGUGGACGCAGAUGCGUAAGGGACUGUCUGCCUUCGUCUUUCAGCCUUUUGGACGAUGGUGUCGCCUCCAUCCCAAAGACGUCUUGAAGAUGCCGGAGAGCGCUUGGAAGCUGGUCUUCUACACCAUGUCGUGGUCAUACAGCACUCAUCUUUUGUUUUUCACAGACUAUUCCUUCUUUCAAGAUCCUCCUUCGGUAUUUAACAACUGGAGAAGCGGGAUGGAGGUCCCCACGGACAUCUCUAUAGCUUACUUGAUCCAGGGCAGCUUCUACGGUCACUCCAUAUACUCCACCAUCUACAUGGACACGUGGAGAAAAGACUCGCUGGUCAUGGUGGGGCAUCACUUCAUAACUCUCGCCCUCAUCACCUUCUCAUAUGCCUUCAGAUAUCACAACAUUGGCAUUCUGGUGCUAUUUCUGCACGAUAUCAACGAUAUUCAGUUGGAGUUCACCAAAGUCAACGUCUACUUCAAGACCCGGGGCGGGAAAGAGCACUUUAUCAACGACGUCCUGUCCAACAUUGGUGUUGUUAGCUUCAGCAUCACCUGGUUUUGGUUUCGUUUAUACUGGUUCCCUCUGAAGGUGUUGUGGGCUUCCUGCGUCACCAGCGUCCAGACGGUUCCCGACAUUCCCUUCUACUUCUUCUUCAACACCCUGCUUUUCAUCCUCCUCCUCAUGAACAUCUACUGGUUCCUGUUUAUCGUGCUGUUCGUGGUGAAGGUCCUGACAGGACAGAUGAAGGGUGUGAAUGAUGUCCGGGAGUAUGAGGAUGGAGACGACGCUGAUCAUCAAACCUCUGCUGAUGGGAAACAAGUGAAAAACGGCAUCGCCAAGAAGCAUCAAUAACGUCUCGCCGCUGCCUCCUGCAGGCAGACGCCGGCGAUUACAGGACACUCGUGUGACCCAGCUGGAUUUUGACCUCAGACCGCCAAGGUGCUCCAACAUUCAUGCUGAGAAUCAAGAGAUUUGUGUAAAUCAAUGUUAUUUUAAUUGUUUAGCACUGUGAAUGUUUUUCAGUUU